CUCUACCCGGAGCUGUUUCGUGGCUGGACUGGCCUUUUUGUUCCGCGUGCGGAUCUGGGGUGCCCGCGGCCGAGACCUGAGCGUGGGCUGUUGCCGCCGCCGCCGCCGCCAUGCCGCAGAACGAGCACAUCGAGCUGCACCGCAAGCGUUAUGGCUACCGCCUCGACCACCAUGAGCGGCGCAGGAAGCGGGAGGGCCGCGAGGCCCACGAGCGCUCCAGGAAAGCCAAGAAGCUGAUCGGGUUGAAAGCCAAACUUUACCACAAGCAGCGCCACGCCGAGAAGAUCCAGAUGAAAAAGACCAUUAAGAUGCACGAAAAGAGAAACACCAAACAAAAGAAUGAUGAGAAGACCCCUGAAGGAGCUAUGCCAGCAUACCUCCUGGACAGAGAGGGCCAAUCCCGGGCUAAAGUCCUUUCUAAUAUGAUCAAACAGAAACGAAAAGAGAAAGCCGGGAAAUGGGAGGUUCCUGUGCCAAAAGUUCGUGCUCAGGGAGAAACAGAAGUUCUGAAAGUGAUCCGAACAGGAAAGAGAAAAAAAAAGGCCUGGAAGAGGAUGGUUACAAAAGUCUGCUUUGUUGGGGAUGGCUUUACUCGAAAACCUCCCAAAUAUGAGCGAUUUAUUCGACCAAUGGGUUUACGUUUCAAGAAGGCUCACGUAACUCAUCCUGAACUUAAAGCUACCUUUUGCCUGCCUAUCCUUGGUGUAAAGAAAAAUCCCUCUUCUCCUCUGUACACAACUUUGGGUGUAAUUACCAAAGGUACAGUCAUAGAAGUGAAUGUGAGUGAGCUUGGUCUCGUGACACAAGGUGGCAAAGUUAUCUGGGGGAAAUAUGCACAAGUAACCAACAACCCAGAAAAUGACGGCUGCAUCAAUGCACUUCUGCUUGUCUGAGUGGCAUUUCAGACGAUUAAAUACUGCACCCAGACUCUUGUAAAGGUGUAGGUAGAACUUCCUGAAAAAGUUUUAGAGCUUCUAAAUGAACAAGAAUUUGUUGAACCCAUGAAGAGAGCGGAUGCUGAACAACUUAAGUUUUUGAAAAACUACAACGAUGAAAGCUCGAUGAUGAUGGGUCCAUUGACCAAUGCCAGAAUAAAUUCUCAGUUUUUCUGUU